AUCCGUAGUCGGUAGUCAAAGGUCCAGAAGUGGACUUUGUCUUUUAAGAAAUUAUUCCACUGUUCAACCUCACUAUUGCAUCAACUUCAUGGUGAUGUUGCAGAGUGUAUCCAGGUGCCUUAGGACUAAUCCUGUUACUGGCCGAAGAAGUAUGUCUCAAAGUAGCCUUGCUGGAAAGGUCGCCAUAAUUACUGCCUCCACAGAAGGAAUUGGUCUGGCUGCAGCUCAGGCUCUGGGAAAGAGAGGAGCCCAUGUGGUGGUGAGCAGCCGGCGGCAGGCCAACGUGGACAAGGCCGUGGCGUUGCUGCAGAGCCAGAACAUCCAAGUGACUGGCACCACCUGUAACAUCGGCAAAGGAGAAGACAGAGAAAAACUGGUCCAAACGGCUCUGGAUCAGUGCGGGGGCAUAGAUAUCCUGGUAUCCAACGCAGCAGUCAACCCUUUCUUCGGAAACAUCAUGGACUCCACAGAGGACGUCUGGGACAAGAUCCUGUCUGUAAAUGUGAAAUCAGCCUUCCUCAUUACUAAGUUGGUGGUGCCUCAUAUGAAGAAGAGGGGAGGGGGGAAUGUGGUAUUUGUGUCCUCUGUGGCUGGAUACCAACCGAUGCAGGCCCUGGGCCCGUACAGUGUGAGUAAGACGGCGCUGCUGGGUCUGACCCGGGCGCUGGCCCCUGAGCUGGCCCACAGUAACAUCAGAGUCAACUGCGUGGCCCCUGGGAUCAUCAAGACCCGCUUCAGCUCUGCGUUAUGGGGAAAUGAAGACGUCAUGGACGAGUUUAAAAGCCAGCUCAGCAUUAAAAGAGUCGGAGAGCCGGAGGAGGUCGGGGGGGUGAUUGCCUUCUUGUGCUCCGACGAGGCGUCCUACAUCACGGGAGAGACCAUCACGGUGACCGGAGGGAUCGGCUGCCGACUCUGAUUCUCCAGUGGCAACACAUCUACAAACUUUGAUACAAGCCACAUCCAUUUUUAUUUAAUUUCAACAACAAUGUGAUAAGAUGACAUUCAAUUUACAAAUAAUCAAUAAUUGUGAAGGUUUUUCAUUUAAUGUGAUGUAGAAGUACUUAAAUAUACAUAUGCUUGACAAACCCA